AUGGAAGCAACAGGCAUCGACACCUGCGAGCGCAGCUAUGCUAUCCAAUCUGGCAUUGGUUACAAGUGCUUCUGGAACACCGGUGUGUGGCCACCGGCAUGUGACGUGGACAUGGGGACUGACGAGCGAACGAUGAUCUGCUCGUCCAACUCCUGCGGGGGCUCGCCGUCGCAGUGCUGGUAG